GCUCCUGUGCCUCCGCCGUUUGUGUCAUCCCGGCCGCCUUGGCUCCGCCGUGCCUCGGCUGUCUCUACCUCCGCCUCGUCCCUCGUCUCUGUUCAGCAUCUGCCAAGUGCCUGCACUCUGCACGACAAGCAAAGGGUAAUUGGAGGCGCAGUUGCAGGAUACUACAAAGAAAAUGAAAGGGUUAGGUCCUCAUGCACCAAUGGUAUCAAGGGGAAAACCUCCUCCUUUGUUGGCUGUGGUGGACACAUUACCAUGCUGCCCUUCUCUGCCAACAAUCACUACCUUAUCACAAUCAAGAUGCAGACAGAAAUCGACAUUGAGUUUGGCCCGUGGCACAAUUCGAGCUCAAACAUCCAACACUGGAAUAGGACCAAGAGAUUUUGGAAGUAGGAGUGAUAUAGAUGGCCAGAAUGUCCCUCAAGGAAGUCCACUUAACAAAAGUUCACGUAAAAUCGUGAAACCACCUAAAUGGAUUGCCCGGUAUCCGACCUUUAUAGCUCUUGCAUUGAUUGGAUGUGCUCUUGUAUUUUCACUAGUAACCUUUUUGAAAGGGGGACCUGCGUCAGUUCUAGCAGCAAUUUCAAAAUCAGGAUUCACUGCUGCAUUUACAUUAAUAUUUGUUUCUGAGAUUGGGGACAAGACAUUCUUCAUUGCUGCACUCUUGGCAAUGCAAUAUGAGAAGGGAUUGGUCCUAUUGGGGUCAAUGGGUGCUCUUGCACUCAUGACAAUCCUAUCAGUUGUAAUUGGUCGAAUCUUUCAGUCAGUGCCUGCUCAGUUCCAGACAACCUUGCCAAUCGGAGAAUAUGCUGCAGUAACUCUUCUUUUGUUUUUUGGCCUAAAAGCAAUAAAAGAUGCAUGGGAUCUUCCAUCUAAUGGGGUUAAGAACGGUGGUAAUGGUAACUCCGAGCUUAAUGAAUUUGCUGAGGCAGAGGAGCUUGUGAAAGAAAAGGUGUCGAAACGGCUUUCAAAUCCAUUUGAGGUUAUUUGGAAAUCAUUCAGCCUUGUAUUCUUUGCUGAAUGGGGAGAUCGUUCUAUGCUUGCCACAAUUGCACUUGGGGCUGCUCAGUCUCCAUGGGGUGUUGCUAGUGGAGCCAUUGGUGGACACCUACUUGCAACCUCAAUUGCUAUAGUAGGGGGAGCAUUACUUGCUAACUACAUUUCUGAAAAACUGGUUGGCUACUUGGGUGGAGGGUUGUUUCUAAUUUUUGCUGUUGCUACCUUUUUUGGGGUUUUCUGAUUGUUGUUGCUUGGUGCCACUCCUUUCUUGUAUGUGUAAUAUGUCACUGAUAGUGCUAGCGAUACAACGAAGAAGCUCAAGCACCCGAGGGAUGCUGAGAGAUCAACAGAAAUUUAAUAUUUCAAUUUACUUGAACAGAUAUCGUCAUUAUAAAGGAAAUUGCUCAUGUAUAGCAUAUGAAUAAAAAAUUGUGAUUCUUUAACCUUGA